CUCAGUUUAACAGCAAACUUUUCGGUGGUCGGACGUGCUAGGCCGGCAGAAAUCAUUCGCUUUAUAACGCUUAAGUUGUGCAAGUCACACGCGACCAUUUACAGUGCAUGUGUGUGUGCAUGUGUGUGCCUCUCUAUAUGUUUGUUAAUUAUACGCGACACGACAACUACACGGAUAAGUUAGCUCUAAGCGAGUGUGUGUGAAUAAAUCAAUGUUCGCGGCGGGCUGCAUUGCUAAUACAGCAAAUUAAAACCAAAACAACAAACAAAAGCACACUUGAAAGAUUGCGUUGUAAAUUUUUGUUGCGUUUUUCCUUCCAAGUCCGUAGCCCAUAUCUUUCAUAUACAUAUACAAAUUUGGCGCGCAGUGAACCGAGUGAUAAGAGCCGUCGGUCAAAUAUAAUUAAAAUUUGCAUCAAAUACACGUGUCACAUCGCGGCAACAAAGAGAUAAUUCGCAUUCAGAUCAACGUCAAAACCAACCAAAUAAAUUAACACAAUUCGAAGGCAAUAACAUUUGCGACAGGCAGGUGCAACAGCAGCAUAUAAUCCAUAAAAGGCAAUCAAGAGUAGCAGCAGCAGCAGCAGCAGCAGCAUCGCAUCCAAUGGCUGAGGAGGAGCUCUUUGGCGAUUUACAGGACAUUAUCAAUGCCAGCAUGGAGGUAAAUGGCGGUGCUGGUGUACAGGCAGGCGGCAAUAUGCCUCAGGUAUUUCAUCAGUCCACAUCGCUGCCGGUGAUGCCAUCGGCCAUGCCGCUGGGCCACAACCAGACACCGACGACGACAUCCAAGACGACGCCAGCAGCCAAGGCCAAGACGGGUCCACACCUUCGCAUCAUUGAGGAGCCAACAAAUAAUAUAAUCCGCUUUCGCUACAAGUGCGAAGGCCGCACGGCUGGCUCCAUACCGGGCAUGAGCUCCAGCCCGGAGACGGGCAAAACCUUCCCCACCAUCGAGGUGUGCGACUACACGGGCCCCGUCAUCAUCAUCGUCUCGUGCGUGACCAGCGAUGCGCCCUAUCGCCAGCAUCCCCACUGGCUGGUCAGCAAGGAGGAGGCGGACAGCUGCAAGUCCGGAGUGUACAGCAAGCGACUGCCGCCGGAGGAGCGGCGUUUGGUGCUCCAGAAGGUGGGCAUACAGUGUGCCAAGAAGCUGGAGAUGCGCGACUCGCUGCUGGAAAGGGAGCGCAAGAAUGUGGAUCCCUUUAAGGCUAAAUUCGAUCAUAAGGAUCAAAUCGAUAAGAUCAAUCGCUAUGAGCUGCGUCUGUGCUAUCAGGCAUUCAUUACAGUGGGCAACACACGCGUGCCCCUCGAUCCCAUCGUAUCUUCGCCCAUUUAUGGCAAGAGCAACGAGCUGACCAUCAGUCGCCUGUGCAGCUGCUCGGCCAAGGUGAGUGGCGGCGAUGAGAUCAUUAUGCUGUGCGAAAAGAUCUCCAAGGAUGACAUAGAGAUACGCUUCUACGAGACCGACGAGGACGGCAGGGAGCUGUGGCACGCCAAUGCCGAGUUCCAGCCCACGGAUGUGUUCAAGCAGAUGGCCAUAGCGUUCAAGACGCCGCGUUAUAGGAACCCCGAAAUAACACAAAGUGUUAAUGUGGAACUGAAGCUGGUGCGACCCUCGGAUGGUGCCACGAGUGCCCCUUUGCAGUUCGAAUAUUAUCCGAAUCCAGGUAUAGUAACCUUUGCCCGGCUGCAGCGUAAGCUGAAGCGCAAGCAGGAGAUGGAUGUGUUCCAGCAGAUACUCUCUCUAGAUAGCGAAACGACAGCCACCAAGUACUCGUGUCCGCCGCUCGAUCUCAACGAGGAUGAGAAUAACACAGUGUCCUCCGAUGAUCAGCAGAGUUCGGGCACCCUAAAUGACUUUGAGAUUGCGGUGAAGAAGCAAUUGAUGCACUUGCAGCACCGCGGGGAGUCUCACGAUGCGGAUGGCAACACCAUGACGGAGUACACGGACAAUGACAACGAACCGGACAUGGAGAUUGAGCUGGAGGUGCCGCAGUUGUUGCCACAACUAGCCGAUGAUUGCACCCAGACAUCCACGCCCAUGGAGGAGAUUCUGCAGCAUCCCCAGCUGCAGCCGCGGCCCCUCAACAAUGUGGACAAGAUCACCGAGUGGAUGAAGAGCAGCGAGUUCGAGCGCACGGACAGCCUCACCGUGGAGAAUGGAGACACGCCCUCAAUGUCCAACAGCACCGCCCAAACGGCCUUUACGAAUGUGAGCAGCCUGACGGCCAAUACGACCAUCACGAAUCAGCUGGAUGGGGAUGGAGAUGAGGAGGGUGCAGGCUCACGCAGAGAUACGCUAGAGAAUCCAACAGUCAAGGAGCUGCCGGAGGCAGAUGGAGCUCCUCCAGCCCACGAGGAAGUGGCAGAGGAGCAGCCACCCGAGCAAUUGGGGGGUUCUGCCAGCGCCCAGGCCUCCGUGGAUCUCGAUGAGAACUUUGAUGAAACGGCCACGUACACGAGCCUGCAGAUAGCCUUCAACAAUCCCGUGGGCAUGCCCAGGGACUCAACAGCCUCCAGGCAGACUUACGCAGCCACCAAUCCCUUCAGUCAGAUGGAUGAGGAUGAGCUGGUGGUGCUGACAAAUCCCCCCGCACCGAGGAUCAAAGUGAAUGCAGCACUGACGCCAGCCACGCCUCCUUCGCCCACACUGCCGCAGCUGCCGCCGCGCACGCCCUCGCCGGAUCCGGACUACCGUCUGCCGCCGUUGCCACCCAAGCCGCAGAGAAACUCCCAGGAUCUGAGCAUCGUGAGCGAUGGAUCGAUCAAUCGUUCGCGCAAUGGCAGCCUCAGCUCCGCCCGGACCACGCCCUCGCCCAUUAUCAUAAUGCGAACGCCCGACCAGAGCCCCACCAAGCGGCAGCCAACGUCCACGCCGAGUGCCUCGCCCAAGAAGCGGCAGGGAUUCUUCUCGCGUUUCUUCUCGCGUCGCAAGAGCAGGGCCGAGGAGGAGGAGGGUGCGCUCACGGUGGGCGCAAGUCCCAGCAAUCAGCAGGGAAACUCCUCCAAGGCCACCACGCCCACGGGCAGCCGAGAGCCCAGUGUGGCGCACUUUGCUCUGGGCGAUCCCAAUCGCAGCUCCAGUCGGUCCAUGCAGCCGCCGAGCAACUGCAGCGCCGGUCGCAGUGGCCGGCCCGUGGGUCGCAGCUCGAGCAGCGUGUCGGGCAAGAGACCCGCCCACCUCGAUGCCGAUGUCAUUCACAUCCCCCUGAAGGGCGGCGACAGCGAGAACAGUCUGCUGCGGCCCGAGAGCUACUCGACGGCCAGCACCCUCAGCUAUGGUCGACCGCUGGAUCGGAAGACCCUGAGCACCCUGCAGCUGGCCGACAUACCCAUCAGCGAUGGCAACAUGGAGCUGGUGGCCAUUGCCGAUCGCCAGAGCAUUCGCAAUUUGUGCGAGGGCGCCUACGGCGUUGUGCUCGAUCCCAGCGUGGAUCUAUCCGAGGCGGAGCACUUUGCUCUGUACACCAGCAAGUCCCCGGAGCCGCCAGAGCAGGAGGGAGCUGACGCGGGUGCUGGCGGAGCGGAGGCUGCUGAUUUUCUGAGUGCCGAUGAGAUAGCGCGACGGCUGGCAGAGGCCAAUGGAUUGCAGUGAGGCUGAGGAGGGUUAGAACUGGGGGGUUUCGGGUGAAGGAUUUGGGUUUGAUCAUGGCAGAGAAGAGAGUUCUUUGGGUGUUGAUGGUAUUCCGAAAGGGAUCAGGGUGGACCCUACAGAGACCAAGACACACAUUUGUAUCCCUCCAAGCUUUAUAACAAUAUUUAUAUGUGUAUUACCUACAGAAAUACCUGACAACAAGCAAGAUUUUUGAAAGAUUUUCCCACAGGGUACAGAAACAGCGUUGAAGAUUUACCCGAACCCCCUGUAGAAAAACUACAAAAACCGAACUUUAUUUUUAUUUCUUUUAUUUUCUAGUCGUUUUUCUUUUACAGUAUUAAUUAACGCUUAUCUCUAUCCCCCACCCAACACACACUUACACUUACUUACGAAACGAAGCACUUACAUCCGU